ACUUUCUGGAACAUAUUUAACGUUAGUUAGCUAAUUACUUACUGUUAGCUGAGUUAGCUUGAUUUACCAUCCUAGCAACAGCUGUUUGCUCUUGUUGACACUAUUUUUAAAAAAUAUAUUCUACAUAAUCUUCCCUAUAUACGAAGGGUUUACCAUUACCAUGUCAGUUAGCUAACGUUACGUUAACGUUGGUCGAUUUAGCUCCAAGAGAUAUCCGGGACCCGCAGCUAAUUGCAGCCAAACUGUUAGCUGGUAGCACUAAUAGCUAAAGGCUACAAGGAGCCAUGAAUAACCAACCUAAAAAUUAGAAAACGAGCACAAGGAGGAUGCUGAGCCGAACUGAACACAGAGGCGUUUGCAGGCUGUUAUCAUCAGUGAUGUCUGGCACAGAGUCUCACACCGACAGAGAAGAGGACUACAGGUUCCUCCACAGCAUGUUGAUGGAGAAGAAGCUUCACCUGCUCUUCAAGAUCCACGAGCGGCUGAAGCGUUUUGAGAAGCGAAGCCCCAUCCCCGUCCAACAACACGCAGCAAGUCUGGCCUCAGAUUUGGUGGAGGAGCUGAAAUACCAAGGCUGGAGAGAUGAAGUCAAAGAACUGGUUUCCCUCUUUUCCAGACCCCACUUCAAGAGUCUCCUGUCUGUCCAUGAUGCUGUAGCUCAGAGAGACUUUGAGCCUACUAUGCCACCAGUACCUGAAGAUGUACUGGAGGAGGAUGAGGAUUCAGUCAAAAUUGUCAGUCUGGUCAAAACCAAAGAACCACUGGGGGCAACAAUUAAGAGGGAUAAAGCCACUGGGGCUAUUGUAGUGGCGCGGAUCAUGAGAGGAGGUGCAGCUGAUAAAAGCGGCCUGAUCCAUGAAGGAGAUGAGCUGAAAGAGGUGAAUGGAGUCUCACUGGAGCACAAGAAGCCAAAGGAAAUCCUUCCUCUUCUGGCUCGUUCUCAGCAUGACAUUACAUUCAAAAUCAUUCCUGCCUCCUCCAAGGAAGAAAUAUCUUCAAAUAGGAAGAAGUUGUUUGUACGGGCUCUUUUUGACUAUGAUCCAAACGAGGAUCCCGCUGUCCCAUGCAAGGAUGCAGCAGUUUCCUUUAAAAGGGGCGACGUCCUCCAGAUUGUCAGCAUGGAGGAUGACACCUGGUGGCAGGCCUGUCGCAUCAGAGACAGCAACAGACGGGCAAGGCUCAUCCCCUCACAGCAGCUACAUGAGAGGAGAGUUGCACUACAGCGACCCAAGGCCCUGUUCAAGCCUCGGGAAGUUAAACCACCAGUCAUAGACGAUGUAGACUACAGAGCUAUAACAGGGAUCCACAUUGCUGGUUUAAGAAGGAGCUUCCGACUUGGUAGAAAGAGCAGUUGGGCCAGAGAUGCAGCCCGGUCCAGGAGGUGGAGUGCAGGGGUACAUGGCUUACUUCGUCCCCCUACCUACAUAGUGGUGGUCCCCUAUCACAGAGACCCCAAGGACAAACACCGUCUGGUCGUUCUGGUUGGGCCCAGCGGCGUUGGCGUUAAUGAACUGAAGAGGAGGCUCCUGAUCUAUGACCCUGACCGCUAUGGUGUCGCUGUACCGCACACCACACGUGAGAAGAGAAGGCAGGAGAAUGAAGGGAUGGAUUAUCAUUUCAUAUCAACUCACAUGUUUGAAGAGGACAUUCUCAAUCAUAGGUUUAUAGAGUAUGGGAGAUACAGAGGUCAUUACUAUGGAACACGUCUAGACUCUGUGCAUAGAGUGAUGGCUGAGGGCAAGGUGUGCCUCCUGGAUGCACAUCCUAGUAAAAUAAAGAUUGUGUACACAUCUGAAUUCAAACCAUACGUGGUAUUUGUGAAACCACCGCGUAUCGAGGAGCUACGUCUCACCAGAAGGAGAGCUAAAUUCAUCUGUGAUGAACAAGACACACACCCAGUCAGGAUCUUUUCAGAGGAGGAUUUUGAGGACAUGAUUGACUUUGCUGAAACCAUGGAGAACCAGUACGGUCACUUGUUUGACAAAGUGAUUGUCAACGGAGAUAUCGCUGUAGCAUUCAGGGAGUUGAAGGCAGACCUGGAGAAGACUGAGGAGGCAGAAGUCCAGUGGAUUCCUGCAGAGUGGAUUUCGUCCUCACCAACAGCAGCACGGAGAAGUUGUGGUCAUUUGACCGGCUGGAUUUGAACUUUAAGCUCUUUAGACACACAAGAAAGUAUGAUUAGUGAAGUUUCUCCGGGUCAAAGAAUGCAUUUGUCUUAAUAAGGAUUUUUGAAAGAACUGUGCUUGGAUGAGGAAUAUGCUAACCAAAUGUCUUUUUCAUAGGACAUGGUAACAAAAGAACAAAAUUAAUUAGUUAGAAUUCAACACUUUGAACCUUGGACAUUGAAUUUUUGUCAUAUUUUAAAUAUUUUUCCAUUUUUUAACAAGUCCUGUGAUUACCACAGUUUUCCACAGUGUGUAUCUAGUUAGGCAAACAGAAUCCAUCUCUGUCUCGCUCACCCUCCGUCUGUCUCAGGGCCAGUUUUUCUGUUGGCAUUUGGCUGAAAUAACGUCGGCUUGCAGGGCGAAGAAGGGGAAAAAAAAGGAAAAGGAAACUCUCCAGAGUUUGUGGCUGAGUGUAAUCCUUCCCUGCCAAGUCGCAAACAUCAGCAUGUAAUUAUUCUGACAGCUGCUGCACUUCAAUUAACUGUAAUGUACACCAGAGAAAUAUUAUUAGUAGCAGUCAGGGAGACAUUUUGCCAAAAAUAUGCUUUACAAAAUAGGAACACAAAAAAGAUAACAGUCAAUUAAAAAGCUUAAACAAAGCAGAAUGAAAAUCUUUUUAAAGGAGUUUAAGUUGUAUAAUUGUGUAUAUAUUGUAUGUAUUUCACAGAUGAUGGCUACAAAAGUUGGUAACGGUUACAAUCACUUUAAUCAACAUUGUAGAAUCUUGGCUGUUGAAGACUUUUAAGGCUGGAAAUUGUGUGUUUUUAAGCACCCUACGCUAAAAAUCAACUUCAUUACAGAAUAUUAAUCAUGAAAAGGUCUUUUUUAUACAAAAACAUAUUGAGACAAAUGAAAAUAAUUGGCAGCGACGUACCAUUAGUGACACUCCAUUAACAAAUACUCAUAUUUGAGCAUCACAGCUUCCUGUCGGGUGAAGAUUCUACUGUUUUCCUUCACACAAGCUGUUUCAUCUAAUUCUUUUUAAUGGCUGCAUUCCUCUACAUUCAUGGUGUUUCCUUCCUCUUUUUGGUUGCUGUGCUCAGUUGGGUGUGAAGGCGUGUCAAUGGGUCUAUCAUGUUGUGUUUGGGAGGAAGAGGGAGCAGCAUGGUGCGGCGAGACGUCAAUGGCUUUCAAGGGACUUGGGCCUUCGGAGACAUACGGAGAUAUAGUUAUGACCGCACAGAGCUUACUGUAAAAGCAAACUGAAGCUUGACAUAGUGGAUUAGGCUGCAGGGACAAAGCACACCAUCAAUCUCAGGUAUUUAUUUUAAUUUGGUAGGCUUAUUGUCAGUGUCAAACACAACUGAGUACAUAAGAAAGACAGUGACAUGUCUCCUGGUCACCAAAACCUACAAACCAGGCUGUCACGACAGUCACACUUCUGCCAGGCCUGAAGUCCGACCUCAGCCAAAGCGUGGCAGUAUAAUUUCAUCACACCACUGAGAAUCUGCAGGCACCCUCUGAGAUCAUAACGAUGUCAUUAAAGACACCAAAGUGAUCCAAUAAAAACUCACCAUUUAAUUUUCACUGCAGCUCCUACU